UGCAGGCGGCCGGGAUCGGCGCUCACUUCGCCAGGGCGGCUCUGGUCUUUGUUUUUGGAGAGGUCGCGCGUCUUUGCGCACGUCUGAACUUUGGGGAGGGGGUUGUUACGCACGGCACCCGCUCGUGGUUCUCCGCCGGGAUCCUUCUUGCAAAGAUCCCCCCCCCCAAGUCCUCUUGAAGGAAGAUGUGGAUCCCCGAGUCUCUCGCCGCCUAGCCGCGCGCGCUGACUGUCCCCGCGAUGCAACCCGGGCACGUGUGAAUGCCUGGAAGUAGGGGGGCGAGGAUGAGGAGAGCGGAAGGCGCACGCUGUUGCCGGCACCCCUUGUGAAGGUCCUUCGAUCCCCACUCCGGCCGCCCUGGAUUCCUUCGCGGCCGCCCAGAGGCGCGGCUGAGGGGCGCCGCGUGUCUCUCCGCCCCGACGACCUCCUUUCAUUCGGAUCGCCCCCCUGCCCACCCCCGCCUCCGAGAUGGCGGCCAUCCAAGCUCUGCAGCAGUGGUGCAAAAAGCAAUGCGAAGGGUACGAGGACGUGAGAAUCACCAACAUGACCACCUCUUUCCGCGACGGCUUGGCCUUCUGCGCCAUCCUGCACCGCCACAGGCCGGAUCUGAUCAAUUUCUCUGCUCUACGCAAAGAAAAUGUCUUUGAAAACAACCAAUUGGCUUUCCAAGUAGCUGAGAAGGAGCUGGGGAUCCCAGCCUUGCUAGAUGCGGAGGACAUGGUGGCCUUGAAGGUGCCGGACAGACUGAGCAUACUCACCUAUGUCUCACAGUAUUACAACUAUUUCCAUGGCCGGUCUCCAAUUGGAGGGAUGUCUGGAAUCAAACGCCCCUCAUCCAACCUCACUGACGAGCCGAUGGAGAAGAAGGCUGUUUCUGAACCAGCCGUGCUGGCUCCAGCCAAGCCCUCUCGGAUACACGUGCCUUCUGAACCCAAGACAAGCCCGGCUCUACAGACACGAAAUCUGGUGAAGGAGAACCCUCCGGCAACUGGGAGACGGAUUUUGGCGGAGAACAGCAACACGCGCAGCAGCGACUGUGCCGUCUGCGGCACCCACGUGCAUCUGGUACAGCGUCACUUGGUGGACGGGAAACUCUAUCACAGAAACUGCUUUAGGUGCAAGCAGUGCUCCAACACGCUAACCUCUGGUGCCUACAAAGUUGGGGCCGAGCCAGGCACACUUACCUGCACCAGACAUGAUGAGCCAAACCAUCUACAGGCUUUCGUACCUGCACGGGUCGUCGGUGGAGAGAAUAAACCUACCAGUACCACUUCGGCUUCUGGGAUCUAUUUGAAAGGACUGGAAUCCAAGAAGCCAGCACUGGAACCCCUGAAGACAAGCCAGGAGCUCAGAAACAGCAACUUCACCAAGCCAGCACCUUGGGAACCUUCAUAUCUGGGAACAAAUAAAUCCAUCUCUGUUUCUACCAGCCCUAGUUCGCGCCAGUCCAACCCCAUUGGGGGUAAAACUGACCGUGCUGAAGUUGCUGCUGCAAUGGCCCCUUCUAAUUGGACAGCGUCGUCAGCCAAAACACAGCAGGCCCGAGAAAAAUUUUUCCAGUCCGGUUCAGGGACUUCUGGCCUUUCCACGGACAAAGUGGAUCCCGUUAAAAAUCAGGUUUCUCCUUUUAGUACUUCCAAAACAGCUGGGAAAACACCAUUUCCUGGCAUCAGCACACCAGGGACAAAUUCAGGAAGCAGUGAGAAGGAUAAAGCACGGAGCAUCCUCAUGCAUGCAUUACCUGGGCAUUCAACUACCAGGCAAGGAGCCCCUGCUGGUGCUCAGCCGGGCUUGUUAGGACUCCAUGGAUCAUCACCUGCCACCUCCGGCUUUCAGCAUCCAGAGGCAAAGUCCACCAACAUCUUGAGACCUGUCACUGUGCCAAGCAGCUCAGAAAAACCAGGGCAAGUGCUACUGAGAACUGCGGCCCAAAAUUCACCAAAGAACCAGCGCCACGCAGUGGGAACGGCCAUCCAGAACUCAGCCAAAGAUCAGCCCAUUAGCAGACCUGCCGAAGCUAGAUUCAAAGUGGAUAUUAAGGCCCCCAAAGCAGCCCCUAGGAAGCCUCUGGAAAGCUUACAAGCAAGGCACGAAGCUGGCAGCAUGGGUAUUACAGAAGAGAAGCUGGAGAGCCCUGCAGACUGGCGGUCAAGACUGAAGCCGGUGGGCACCAAAGUCUCCCACCAAGGAGAUGCAAGGAACUCUCCAAAGCCCGCAGAUGCCCACAAGCCAGUCAUCCAUGUAGCACCCAAAGAAACGAAACCAGCUUUGCCAAAAGUCUCCCUGAUGGUUCAGGAUCCCGCGCCGUCAGCUGAUCAGCCACAGAAGAAGAAACUGCUCGUGUCCCAACUGGAUAUUACCAGUGGCUGGCAGAAGCCCAGACAACAAUGGGAAGAUAUUCCGUCUUCUCGCAAGGUAGAGGAGCCAGGCUGGCCAAAGAGAGCCAUUGCACCUGUUAAACCUUCAGCUCCUGAACCUUUCCGGAAGCUUCCAAGCAGUCCUGUGGUAUCUCCAUCCAAGCACCCCUCAGACUACAUCCCUGAGGAAGAAAUCCAAAAGGAAGUCCAGAGGAUUGAGAAUGAUUUGGACGAGCUGGAACUGAAAGGGGUGGACAUGGAGAAGCAGUUGCGGAAAUGUGAAGGAGAUGAACGUGAGGACGCCCUGAUGGUGGAAUGGUUCAAGCUGAUCCAUGAGAAACAGCUGCUGCUGAGGAGGGAGUCAGAGCUGAUGUACAAGUCAAGGCAACAGAAACUGGAGGAGAAGCAGUGGAAUAUUGAAACGGAGCUCCGGAACCUCAUGAACAAGCCUGAAACACUGAAGACCUCCAAGGACAAGGCCAGGGAAGAAGAGCUGCUGGAGUCAUAUCUGGCCAUCAUUGAUGGUCGGAAUGAAAUUGUGGAGAACCUGGACGAGGACCGAAUUAGGGAGAUGGAGGAGGACAAGGAGAUGGCAGCCCUGAUCCAGAAACUUGAUGUGCCUCGUAACAACCAGGAAGGUGAAAAGAAAAAAGUCAAGUUUGGAUUGUUCAAAAUACUGCAACUGAAAAUCAAGAGCUAGAUUUGAAAAUGGCACACUCUCUUGUGUUUGUAUUUGUGGAGAUCGAGGGAUGCUUUUACCAUUGUUUGUUGAUGCGGAUCCUGUGAUGCAAAAAUCUGAGGACUGUUUUUUAGGAAAGUCAAUCCUACUCUUCUUGGGAAUUACAGAAGAAAGCCUUGCUGGGGCGUAAAGAGCGAUCUGUGUGGGAGAAAUCACCCCUCUUGCCUUCCAAGAACCAGUUGACACUGCCCCAAAUCCAGUGUGACAGCUUUCGUCAGCAUCAGUAGCAACUUGCUCAUUAAUCUGAGUUUUUCCUCAGCACCUGGAUCCAGUUGGAAUGGUCUUAGUCUUGCCUGAUUUGGCAAGAUAAGAGGGUUGGCAUGGCUGUAAAAUCCUGGGGAACACCCAGACAUCAGGCUCAGAAGUCUUUGCCUGAAACUAGAUGCAAUGGGUCGUGCAGGGCAAUGGGUUGUUCAGGGCAAUGGGUCGUGCAGGGCUGCUGUUGAAAAUGGCAGCCCACGUCCUCUGCUGGCUACGUAACCCAUGAUGUGGUGGCAUCACGCCCCCCUUUUUCCUUUCCGUGAGGGUGUAUGCGGCUGCUAGCCAAAACACAUCUCAUUGUACAUUUUGUGCGACUAGACAUUACCAUAGGAGGCCCAAAUGCGAAUGUUUUAGGAGAUGUCUAGAUAGAGUGUCUAGUUUCAUCCUGUGCAAAAUGGCCACUCUUUGGCCACCUCUGCUUCCAAGGGGAACAGAAUCCCUUUCCACACCAGGAAGCAUGUUGGCUUCUCCUCAGAAAGAACACUGCAGUAGUUUUCAAACUGUGUUCUGGAAAACUCCGGAUGUGUCUAUACUUCGUCAAGGUCCCUUGAUGAGGAAAACGAUAGUGACCCAAAAGAACUACUUACUCGCCGGUACUGAUUCUUUUCCUCAGUGAUGUGCAACCACAGCAAGGCUUGGAGCAUGGAAUGCCAUCUUUAUCUUGGCAGGACACUUGUGCCUUGACAUCAGCAGCAGGCCAUUUUGUUUUAGCCUGACAGCCACGUUUGAAACCCCGCUUGCUUUAGAGGGCUCUGAUUUGGGACGUGGCACACAGUGGCAGCACUGGAAAAAGGAAUGGCCAGCCUUGCGCUAGGAGUCUUCCAAAGCAGGCUGAGACUCACCUGUGGACCUUUUAGUUGCUUUGCCCCCUCAAUUUGGUUAACUUUUUUUCAGGUGACUGUGAAAUCCAGCGGGCCAAUGUUCCUGACAAAUUAAGCAGCUUGAAGAGCUAGCAGAAAUUCUCCCACAGGCUGCCAUUUCCCCGCCUCCCCUAUAACAAGAAGCAGAUAUUACGGUCCACUGGCAAACAUCCCUGCUCUUCCACCCUUGCGUGUGGGAAGGGGGAACUGCACCUGUUGGAUUUCUGCCCAUUCAGCAACUGUGUCAAGGCACAAGGGCCUGGCUAGAAAAAACCCAGCAGCAACCCCCAUGAGUGAUCUGCAGCUGUUUGCUAUGUUGGAGCAGAACUAGGUGUCAGGUAGGGUUGGCCGAGGGAUUGUGUGUUUCUUGAUUCUGCCUUGGAAGAGUUUCCCUGGCUAGGGUCGCCACGUUUUUUACACAAAGCGUCUCCUGUGUUCUUACCACUUGGGAGGCAGAGCUGAACGUACAUCUCAUUAUUGUACCAGUUAAAAUCUUCCCAGCCCAGGCAGCCAUUAAAGUCACAGAAAGCCUCUGUACCUCAGGCCAGGGGUUGGCACACCUGCUCCUUGCCUGAUUUUGCAGUGUCCAUGUGUUGCAGACUCCAUUCUCAAAGCUCCGAGAAAGCACUCCCUCCUUUGGGCAGCCCCCCAAAGCUGAAUAUUUUCUUGUCCACCAGGUGGCAGUGCAGUUCUCAACAAGUCCCUUUGGCCUACCAUAGGCUGAAAGGUUUUGUUUUAGAUUAAAAAAAAAACAAACUCAGGAAGCUUAUUAAAACGAAGGGGGUGGGGUGGGGUGGGGGGAAGCACGAGGAAAGGUAGAAAAAAGAGGGGGGAAACAGCAUUGACACAUACAUCUGUAUAGUUAGGCUGUUGAUAUUGCGACUGGCUUUAUUUUUGCACUUGUU